UCGACAUUCAAAACCCCCCCUGAUUGUGGAGAAAACAGUUACCAAGGAACCGGUCGGCUUCACGGCCUGCGAGCACUCAUCCCAGGUGGUGACUCAGGUAUUGGAAGGGCCACUGCCAUUGCGUAUGCCCGAGAAGGCACCAAGGUUGCGAUUAACUACAUGCCGGAGGAGUCAGAUGCACAGGAACUUGUUGACGUGCUGGAACCUAAGGGUCUUACAGUCGAGAGGAUCCCCGGCAAUCUACUCAACGAGACAUUCUAUGCUAAACUAGUCCACGAAGCUCACAUGUGUCUUGGAGGCCUCGACAUUCUUGUCAGUCAGGCUAGCUUCUCAGGUUACCUUGAUAGCCCAAACUAUCAACCCAUUUCUAACCAGUCAACGGCUCAGCUUGAGCAAGUAUUCCGCACCAACGUCUUCGCCGGCAUCUUUCUGACUCGUGCGGUUGUGCCUCUUCUUCCCCGAGGUGGGAGUAUCAUAUUUACCACGUCUGAUAUGGCAGCCGAACCCAUACCCAACGGGGUUGUCUAUGGCGCGAGCAAGGAGCUGUAG